AUGGUAGCGGGCGGCAUUCCUAUCAAUCCUACCAUAGGGGUUCCUCGAACCCUUAAGGUCUCUACUACUGUACCCGCUAGUUUGGGUUCUACAGGCCAUUUGAACGUCAGCACAACUAGCUAUAUACUGUCACAGCACUAUCAACAACAACACGCGCAACAACAGCAACAACAACUGGCCAGAGGUGGACGCUUCUCAUCUGGUUCUCUGACUGGGCUCACUUCUAUCUCAAGUGUUUCUGCCCCUGGCCCCCUUGAUUCCGAGGUAGGUGGAGUUGUUGGUGGUAUGACCUCGUUACACUUUCCUCAUCACUCGGCACCCGAAUCCAAACAGCAGCAACAACAGCAACGUAUCUGCCUAACCGUAUCACCAGGUGGUGCGACUGGGGGAGUUGUAGAUUUGGUGGGCACAAGCAGUUUUCCUGGUGGGACAGGAGCCAGUGGCAGCGGAGUUACAUUGAUACAGCAGCAUUCACAUCAACAGCCGUUAAUGGUAAUCUAUUUGGAUUCCCUGAAAUUAUUUUGCUACCUUAAACCGUUAUCACAUUUACUUAUUGGCUAA